ACAAUACCUCACACCUGCCAGGCAACAAUUCUUCUUUUUCUUUACGCUCUUGAUUUUUCAAUUUCACUUUUGGGAAAAAAAAGCCCUAAUCCCCAAAUUCUAGGGUUUUCAUCUCCAGAAUCUCCGAAAACACAAGAGAUACCAAAUCAUCGCUUUAAUUCAAUUGUGUUUUCUCUUUCUCCUCUCGUAAUUCACAACUUGAAACAUUCAACGUGAUAUGGUGGUUUUGGGGUUGGUAUGACAGAGUUACGAAUCUCAGCGUCGUUAAUGGAGGUUGAAGCUCUGAAAUUACGAAUGGAUAAUUCAAAGAUGGAUUUAGUCGCUUGUCGACUCGACUUUAAAUCGUCGUUUGACUCGUAUUUGAUCGCUUGCGAAGCAUUCUCAGAAGCAACGUCGCUUGUGAUUCCUUUUGAAGUUCUUUGAUAUAUCGAGUUUUGUUUUGUGCUUUUUUCGAUCUCUUGAUUUCGAUUUACUUUUUCUUGUCAUAAUUGAUGGAUUCGAUUAAGUCUUGUUUGAACGCUGCAAUGGCGAAGCCACUUUCUGAUGAUUUUGACGAUAUCGCUGAGCAAGAUCCUUCCGGCCGUUAUAUUAGGUAUAAUGAAAUCCUGGGGAGAGGAGCAUUCAAGACUGUUUACAAGGCAUUUGAUGAGGUCAAUGGAAUAGAGGUUGCUUGGAAUCAAGUCGACAUUGAUGACGUACUGCAGUCACCACUACAAUUGGAGAGGUUGUAUUCAGAGGUUCACCUGUUGAAGUCAUUGAAACAUGUAAACAUUAUCAGGUUUUACCACUCUUGGGUGGACGAUAAAAGUAAAACUAUCAACAUGAUCACUGAGCUAUUCACCUCCGGAAACCUGAGGCAGUAUCGGAAAAAACACAAGUAUGUCGAUAUGAAAGCUAUCAAAAACUGGGCGAGGCAGAUCCUCAGAGGUUUACAAUAUCUUCACAGUCAGAGUCCAUGCAUCAUACACAGAGACUUGAAAUGUGACAAUAUCUUUGUCAAUGGGAACACUGGAGAAGUCAAGAUUGGGGAUCUGGGAUUGGCAACUGUUAUGCAGCAACCUACGGCUCGAAGUGUUAUUGGUACACCUGAAUUCAUGGCCCCGGAGUUGUAUGAGGAGGAUUACAAUGAACUUGUCGACAUUUAUUCUUUUGGUAUGUGCAUGCUGGAGAUGGUGACUUGCGAUUACCCUUAUUCUGAGUGCAAAAAUCCGGCUCAAAUUUAUAAGAAAGUUACCUCGGGUAUCAAACCAGCUAAUCUUAGCAAGGUAACUGAUCCAGAGAUGAAGCAGUUCAUAGAAAAGUGUCUGGUUCCAGCUUCCAUGAGACCAUCAGCAGAGGAGUUGUUGAAGGACCCAUUUCUUGAAUCAAAAAAUCCAGCUGGGCGAACUCCUCUUCACGUGAUGCUGAACAUGGGAGAAUCAAUCUAUUUGUCUGGACCUGAACCUCACUCUAUGGAUAUAGACCUUGAUGCCAAGAAGAAUGGUUCUAGUUUAUGCUUGAAAAGCAGCUGUGAAGCUCCUCACCGUUUAAUUCUAGAAGUAAGAUAUAAUGAUGUCAAAACCUUCAAGUUAAUAGGUGAUUUGGAAGAUGAGAAUUCUGUCUCAAUGACGCUCCUGUUUACUGGUUUAGAUGGUCAUAUGAAGAACGUUCACUUUAUAUUUUACCUUGAAACUGAUACCACCGUUUCGAUUGCGUGUGAGAUGGUUGAAGCAGUCGACGACUUAUCCGGAGAAGAUUUGGUGCCAAUAGUUCAGUUGAUGGAGCAGCUGAUUGGAGACCUGUUGCUUCACUAUAGGCCACCUUCUAAUUUUAGUCUUGCUGAAUUCAUCAGUUCAUAUGAGAAAUCAUCUGGUUCAAGCCGUUCCCUGGAUUCACUCAGGCAUCUUCUAAAAUCUGGUAUGUUUAAUGGCACCACAGAUCUAGUUGGGGUUGGAGAAGACCAUGGUGCCCGAGAAUCUCUUGCUUCAGGGAUAUCUGUUGAACUUAAUCUGAUGAAUGGCCUUCAUGAUACUGGUUCAAAGUCAAACAGUAUCACAUUUGAUGGUUUGAGCAUGUCAUGUUUGCCACCGAUGGAGAAAGAUGUGUACAAUGAGGAACUGAAGCAGGAGCUCAACGCAAUUGAUUCUCAGUACAAUGAAUGUCUUCGUGAGCUCUCGAGGAAGAGGGAGGAGGCGAUAGAGUAUGCCAAGAAGAGGUGGGCUUUGAAAGUUUAGUUGCUUGGGAGCUUCUAGGAAGUUUUAGUUGCUUGGCUGAAUUAGGCUUUCACCAUAGGAGAGAGAGUUCACUUUUUUUCCCUAUUAUUUUGAUUGUAGAGUUUUUUUUUUCACUAGUGAUUUCUGCUCCCUGCCAAGCAGUGAUUUGUACAUUCAUUUUAGUUGCAAAUGUGAUGGUAUUUUUCUCUAGUGGUCUAUAUAAUCUUUUUUGAACUUGUCUGCGCCGAAGGUAGUCAGGCAAAGAACUGAGAAGUAGAAAAAAUAGCUUCAGUGCAAUAAAAAGUUCUGUUUGUGCUUGA